UUCAUCCUGGAGCCUACUCCUUCACACAAUUCUGAUAGAACGAAUAUACCGUAUAUGCGUUAAUUAAUAAAUAUUGAGCACAAGGCAAGCUACGCAUGAAAGAGGUUUGUUUUGUACAAACAUUAUACUAGUUUGCAAAUCUAGUACUGUCGAUCCAUCUCUCAUUUUUCAAAGUCUGUGGUCCUGCCCAAAACGUGCAGUAUUAGUUCAAAGGUCGUUUUAACGUCGAAUCCAUUUGCCAAUUGCCAUAUUCAAGCUUUGCCUUGUGACACACAAGUACAUCAGCUCCUGGGAGAUUGCAGUGUACAGCUAACACUCAUUGACUUUGGAGGAAGUGAUGCCUUUAUACCGAGUCACACCUCAGAGACCUCAAAACAGGAAGUUGAAAACCAGAGAAGGAAGGAGGAGAUGGAAAGAGAAGGAUGGUGCCAUAGUAUCGCUAGGUCAGCUAUGCCUACGCAGCCUGGCAGAGAACAUGAAAACGCUAUGGGUAAAGGACUACGCUGAGAACUACAUGGACCAGUACAACUUCAGACACAUCAUGGGGCCCUUCAGUGAGCUACCGGGGGAGCUGGUGGAGGAGCUAACAUCCCUGCUGUGCUCCAGACAGGAGUUAUCCCGCGCUGCCCUCCACCUCCUCCUCGUCCCCCAGCUCAGGGGCCUGAACCUGGGAUCCUGCCCAGCCCUGGUCACCCCCUCCCUCUGCUCCCUCGUCACAGCACGUUGCCAGUCCUUGUCCAGCCUGGAUGUAUCAGGGGCCCAGCAGCUAUCGGCCCAGGUCCAGUGUGACCUGCUAGGCUAUCUUCCCUCCCUGCGCUCCCUCUCCCUGGCCGGUACCCAGUGUGACAGCCGAGUGGUGAGGGCGGUGGCCCUCUCCUGUCCUGCCCUUCGCCACCUCGACCUGUCCCGCUGCCCCCUCCUGGCCCCCGCAGGCCUGCUGCCACUUGGAGGGGCCCUCUCCUCCUCCGGCCCCGCGGCCCCCCUCAGCAGCCUCCUGGCCCUGGACAUCGGGCUGGGGCCGGAGGAGGGGGACCCGGCGGCGGCGGCAGCCUACCUCCUGCUCUCCCUGCCCAGGUUGGAGAGGGUGGUACUGGAGGGUGUGGGAGAGGCCUGCAGCCUGCUCCUCCACAGGGAGGGCAGGGAGACGGAGGCCUUCGCCUCCAGGGAGGGGGUGUGCAGCCUGGGGGAGCUUUGGAGGAGGAGGGUGGAGGAGGAGGAUGAGGAGGGUGGAUGCUGGGGCAGGGAGGAGGUUGGGAGUGAUGAGGAAGGGAUGAGAGGGCAGUGGGCCAGGGGAGAGGGGCUGAGCGGGGUUCAGGCAGACAGGCUAGACGGAGGAGGGGAAGGUGGAGAGGAAGGAGGGAUGAGGGAGAAGUGUGUCAUCCUGUCUCUGAAGGAAGCCCAGGGCUUGUCAGUCAGGAGUCUGCCCGCCGUAGCUCGCCUCUGCCCCGCCCUCCUCUCCAUCUCAUUGGACUGUGAGGAGGGCGGGGGGCGGGGCCCGGACCCUCGGCUGGCCGCGGGGCUGCGGAGAUGGGCGGGGCAGCUGAAGAGGCUGGUCGUGCGUUUCCCGGGGGCCCUGGAGGAGCUACGGCCGGCCCUGUGCUGUGUAGGGCCUUCCCUGGUCUCCCUCACCCUGGAGGGGGUCAGAACCAGCCCCCACACCCCCCUGGUGGAGCUCCUCCACACCUGCCCCAGGCUGAGGACUCUCCUCAUCCAUUGUGAGCCCCCCCUUGCACCACUACAGGAAGAGGAAGAGGAGGAGGAGGAGGAGAAUGUUCUGGAUGGGUCUUGUCUGCUCCAGCUGUGCUCUCUCUCACUCCACUUCUCCUGCGACCAGCGGCAGCUCAGGCCCGCGCCGUCCUGGAGCGCCCUGAGGGGGGCGCUGUGGCGCCUGCUGGCCGGCUCCCCCCUGCUGGAGGACGUGUGUCUGGUGGCCGUGCCCUGUCCCCUGGACUCGGUCUUCCACAGGGUCCUCCAGACCACCCGGAACCUUCCGUGCAGAAACCCCCCCUCUGCUGCUGCCGCGGCCAUCUCGGAAGGGCCCCACCUAUCCCGCCCGUUGGCACGGUUACGCGACCUAAACCUGGCCCAUAGCGAUGUGACCGGGAUGACGGCUAAGAGGUUGUUUGCGGCCUGCGAGCGAAUGAGAAGCCUGGAUCUGACGGGGUGCUGGCACGUGAGGGCACGUGACGUACAGGACAUCCAACAUGCUGCCACUAGAAGACCACAGAGUCUGACUGUGAAGUGGACAUGAGUAACGAUCACCAAGUAUACCUCUCUAGCACUAUAGUUUGAUGAAGGAAAGAAUGCACUUGUUACUUCCUGUAGCUGUUUCACUCACUAAAAUGUUCUACUGUAUAUUCCUUUUAAAUUCAGCCAGCCAUAAUGGUUUACUGAAUAUGUGGCAACUGCAGUAGAUGAACUGUACUUUAUACUUUAAUUGUAGUGCCUGGUAGCUGAGAUGUGGUUACUUUGUGCCGUGUCUGGAAAAUACAGACUGUUCCUUGACUCUAGCCACAAAAAGGCUUAGAACUAUGCACUUCUGAUCCUUGAUGUUCUACUGUGCUUUUCUAUAUGCACUUUUUGUAUGUCACUUUGGAUAAAAGCGUCUGCUAAAUAAAUCAAGUGUAAA